AUGAGGCCUUCGCCUUUGGUUCUCGAUGACAUUGUGAAGAGUCUUGCUCACAAAGGUGAGCAGGUCCCGUUGGUCGGGUAUCCAAAGGACGACUCCGUGAUGGAUUUCGAGCUGUAUACUGCAAGACACCUGAACUUGCUUAUCGAGCGAGCUGCAAAGUAUUACCAACGGCUUCUGCCCAUUGAAGCUACCAGUGAACCUAUUGUCGCUCUCGUAGGGCCAUCUGACCUGGACUACCUCAUCGCCAAAUUCGCUCUGAGCAGAAUCGGCUUCGGGAUACUUUUGUUGUCGACCAGACUCACACCAGAAGCUUGCCUCAAGCUAAUGAAAGAGAAUGAUUGUAGGACGGUCAUUCAGGCCCCCUCGAGACUUGCAUUAAAUCUAGGAGACAGGGCGCAUGACCUCGACAGCUCUGUCUCUGUAUACAAAAUCGCUACCCGAGACAUCUAUCGCGAUGCAAGCUGGGAUUCUCAGGUUUUGGAUUGGAGCGAACUCGAUGCAGAGAGUGCGUCCCAGCGCACUGCCAUCGUAUACCAUUCAUCCGGCUCGACAGGUUUACCCAAAUCAAUCGCCACAACUCAUUGUAAACUACUGGCCCCUAUCCCAACUGGGAACGGUACAACGGUCUUGACUUCGAGUCCUCUUUGUCACGCAUUUGCCAGCAAGCUGACGAUUAAUUGCAUGAUGGUUGAGAAAUGCAUGUACCUAACUAAUGCAAACAUGCCGCUAACAGCUCAAACCCUGGCUGAGAUCUGUCGUGUUGUGCAGCCACAAGUUUUCUUGACUGUACCAUACGUUUUGAAGCUCAUGGCGGAAACCGAUGACGGUGUGUCUGAGCUCAUCAAAUGCAGGUCUGUCGUUUCCUCUGGAAGCCAGCUCUCAGAUGAAUUAGGCGACAAACUGGUGGAAGCAGGAGUCAACAUUGAAGUCCUGUUUGCAGGUACCGAGCCCGGAAUGGUCGGCUCAUCCAUCAAUCGGCCUUCGGACGACAACGCAUGGAAUUACUUUCGCCUCGUACCUGCCGUGCAGCAAAACGUGCAGUACAAACCUCUGGGCAACAACACUUUCGAGCUCGUCUAUCUCUCAACCUUACCUACGUUGAACAUGUUCAACUCGGACGAUCCACCAGGAUCCUUUCACUCGAGCGACAUUGUCACACCGCACCCUACCAUCCCCAACGCAUGGAAGUACGUCGGUCGCAUUGACGACCGUAUUUCCCUUUCUACAGGUGAAAAAGUGUUGCCUUUGCCUAUGGAAGGUCGAGUACGCCAAGAGGCCUUUGUGAGGGAGGCUGUCGUCUUUGGUAUCGAUAGAUCUGUUCCCGGUCUUCUGGUGUUCAAGGCUGACGCGGCUCGGGAAAUGUCUGAUGAACAGUUCAUCUCGGCCAUUUGGUCUGCAAUAAAAGCUGCUAACGCUAAAACUGAGGCCUUUGGUCGCAUUGGUCGUGAAAUGGUUGUUUGUUUACCUGUGGAUGCUCAAGUCCCUAUGGCCGAUAAAGAGUCCAUCAUCAGGUCAAAAGUGUACAACAUGUAUGAGCAGCAGAUCCAGGGGGCGUACCAUAAGUUGGAGUAUGGCUCGCAAGGUGGACUACAGUUAAGCUUGCCUGAGCUUGAGCGGUUCAUUCUGAAACUCGUCCACGAACAGAUCUCUGUCAACAUCAGCGACGCUGAAACCGAGUUCCAUCAGGCAGGCAUGGACAGCUUGCAAGCCAUUCGUUUGCGGGGCCUGAUCCUUAGGAAGGUAGCAGUCAAAGCUGGCAAGAAGUUAUCUCAAAACGUCGUCUUCGAAAGCGGCAAUGUGAAGCGUCUAGCAGUAAAGAUCCACUGUUCAGGCAACAAUGAACAGGAAGAUGAAGCUGAAGACGGGAUCUCGUUGAUGCGGAACCUGAUUUCAGAAUUCUCAACCUUUUCGCCCCAUACACCGGGCAGUCGGCACAUGUCGUCAGCCUCUGUGGUAUUGCUCACGGGUGCCACUGGAUCUUUGGGAGCACACUUGCUCUCUGAGCUACUCUCCUCGACCACGGUCUCUGAAGUCUUCUGCAUCGUCCGAGGCAGUGAGCCACUCCUACGUCUACACCACGCCCUCAAAUCAAGGAGCCUGCCGCAAAAUCGACUAAGACACAAGGUUAAGGUGAUAAACAGCAAUAUCUCUCUGUCCAACCUAGACAUGGAUGACGCCAUUGUGAGCGUCUUAAAACACAAGCUCACACACGUAAUACACGCGGCCUGGCCCGUGAAUUUCCAACUCGGCCUCCGUGCCUUCAAACCCCAACUCCAGAUCCUGCAUUCCCUGCUCCAACUCUGCUUGUCCGUCACCAGCUCACAGCCAGCGAAAUUCAUCUUCUGCUCGUCCAUUUCCGUUGCUCUUGCAACCGCUCCACCUGCAUGUAUCCCAGAAACCGCUAUGGUGGAUAUCAAGCAGGCGCAAGCGACAGGCUACGCCAGAUCCAAGCUCGUCUCUGAACGCAUUCUGGAAGUCGCAAUGGCGAGUGCGGGUGCGCGUGUCCAGGUCUUGAGGAUUGGGCAGGUGGUGGGAGAUACUCGGCAUGGACUCUGGAAUGAUAGUGAAGCUUGGCCGUUGGUUAUACGCAGCGCAUUGACGUUGAAGACACUACCUGCUUUUGACAUGAUGUGCUCGUGGUUACCUGUUGACGUGCUCGCAAAAACUAUUCUGGAGGUCGGUGUUGAGCAGGACUGCAAUAGGGAGAAUUCAUUUCUCAACAUUGAAAAUCCGUGCAGGUUUCAUUGGACCAGGGAUCUGCUUGCGGAACUCAAGAAAAAGGGUCUCGAGUUUAAGACUGAGGAUUCGCAGAUCUGGUUGAGGAGACUUACAGAGUACCAAAACAAGACUCCGGACGAGAGUGCUGUACAGCAAAAUCCAGCGGUUAAGCUGUCUGAGUACUUUGAGCAGUUUGUUGACAACCUCGAUAGGGAAAGCACUGGAGACUGCAGGAAGGUCACAUUUGACACGACCAAGGCAAGAAAAUGUAGCGAGCAUCUCCAGAAUGCGCCAGAUGUGUUGGCGACUGGCUUAGUGGGGAAGUUCUUGAAAAAAUGGAUGGCUGAAUGGCAACAAAAAUGA